AUAAAAUGAAAACAGUCGUUUUCUUUUACGAGGUGUUGACACAGUGUAAUCCAAUGACGUUGGUUUUUAUGGUAAAAUUCUCGCAACAAGUUUACAAAAAUUAACUCGUAAAUGAUAGGAAAUGAGUCUAGAAGAUCCAUUUUUUGUAGUUAAAGAUGAAGUGCUUCAAGCCGUAACUAAAACUAAAGCACUGUAUCAGAGGUGGUGCGAAGUUCAAAAGGAUUCUAAUCUCGUCAGUAAAGAAGAAAUAGAAUGGACUACUAACGAAUUACGAAAUAGUUUGAGAAGUAUUGGGUGGGAUGUGGAAGAUUUAGAAGAAACUAUUAGCAUCGUGGAAAACAAUCCCAAGAAAUUCAAACUCGAGGACGGAGAAAUCGACAGCCGAAAAGCCUUCAUCGUCCAGGUCCAGGCGGAAAUUCAAGUUAUGAGAGACAAAAUGUUCGAGAACAAAGAAAAGAAGACCAGGCAGGGCCUCUUAAGUUCGGGGUCGAGUCAAGCCAGGUACACCAGACUGCAGAACGAGAUCGAAAGUCCCCUGCAGCAUUUCGUCAACGACGCUCAACAGAAACAACAGGAGAUCAUCCACGUGCAAGACGAAGAACUGGACCAGAUACACGAGAGCGUGGGGACCUUGAAAACCAUGAGCAGGAAGAUCGGAAGCGAAUUGGAAGAGCAAUCGGCGAUGUUGGACGACCUGGGAUACGAAAUGGACAACACCGAAUCCAGGAUGGACGCCACCAUGAAGAAGUUGGCCAAGACCCUUCACCUGUCCAGUGACAGGAGGCAGUGGACGGCCAUCCUGGCGCUGUGCGUCGUCAUGGUGGUGGUGGUGGCGCUCUUCUUCAUCUUGUGACGAAGGAAUCUCCCGUCGACGUCCGAAUCCAGUUUUAUCCACCUUCCGCUUGUACAUAAAUUAUU